UUCACUUUAUUUUUUUGAAAACUGGUAAAAUGUCUGAAAACGGUACAAACGAAUUAUUAUCUGAAGAAGAGGAAACUGCUGUAAAGGAAAGUUGGACUGUUAUCUGGAAUGACAAAACGACCAAUGGAAUCAAAAUAUUUGUCAAAUUAUUUACGUUGUACCCUGAUGCAAUAAACAGGUUUAAAGACUUCAACGGUUUAACCCUCGAAGAAGUAAAAGUACACAAAAAGUUGCGUGUCCAUGCAUUGUCAGUCGUAUACGGCCUAAAAUCAUUUAUAGACAACCUGGAUGACGUGGAAACACUAGUAGAGCUGGUAAAGAAAAAUGCCAGUAAUCAUGUUGAAAGGAAAGUUACUGAAACACAAAUCAUGUGGUUGAAACCUAUAUUUAUAGAUAUUUUGGAAGAAAUUAUGGGUGACGAAAUGACAGAUGUUCAUAGAACUGCAUGGAAUAAACUAUUCAAUGCUAUACAAUCAUUGUGGAAACAAGAACAAGAUAGUGUCGUAGAGCAACAAACAGAAGCAUCGUGAGCAUUUGAUUCUUAUAUUAACAGUGCAACAAAAGGAUAUUAUUGACAGAGAUCUGAUUGAUAAAGACAAGAUUCAUUGUAAAUGUUUAAAGCUUGCAAACAGCAAGAUAUACAUUAUGAAGACCAUAAUACCAGAAAUAUAUAUUUUUAUGUAUUUAUUUUGUUCAACAUUACCAUUAUAUUUAAUUCAGUACUUAUAAUAAAAGAACCUAUUUUAACCGUGUUUAUGUAUUGUACACAUAUAAACUAGAGAUUGACUGGUUGGAAAUAGAAGUAAUGCCGUUUUUUUCGGUGUCUAUUUCACAAGCGCCAUUGCAAAAAAAAAAUCCCCCACAACACACACCAAGAUAAAAACAUUUAUAACUUUAUUGUACCAGUAGAUAAUAAGCAAUGCCAUUAUCAACGCAGCGACCAAUGAUAAAAUAAGAGUGAGUGAGGAUAUUGAAUUCUAUUUAGAUUUUGUAAAUUAAAUUUUAUGUUUUUAUUUAGUAGUUAAGCUCAGAAAGAGAGGAAAAUGUAUCCUGUGGUAAACUAUUGAUAUAUCCCCUGUUUUCAAGUAUUUUUGAUUGAUUCUGAAAACUGAAAAAGUAAUGAUUUAUAUUGCUUGACUGUUUGAAGGUUCACAAGUGUCGAAAGCUGGAAUGGAAUUUAUUUCUAACACAAGAACACAAGAACUGGUUUUCAAGUUUCGAAAAAUUAACUGUUCUUCUCAGCUUUUGCACUGACACAGAUAUGGUCAGCAGGUAUUUUAAAAAAG